AUGAUUAACUCGGGUCCCCCUUCAGAUAUGGACAUGUUGCAUCAGGGAAAUAAUUGCCAUUGUGCGCCAACACCCACUCAAACGGAGGGAAAUCAUUUUCACCAACAUGCAACACCACACACAGCGAACCCUGACCAGCAGUUGCGAUGGGCAUCUCAUGAACCGCCUCCAAUCUAUACAGCCAGCAAUCAUGAUAUUAGUCAAUCCAAUGCCAUGGUAAUCCAUCAACAACCCGUACUUCAAAUGGAACUGCCUCGGUCUGUUCCGUCAUCCAUUACUGCUAGCAGACCUCCAUCUUCGAUGCAGCCCUUGCAAUUGAUUCGAUGGGCUCAACGUCCUAAAUUCGCUACUUCAUUCUGGGAAGAAGAGGGCACACUGUGUUACCAAGUGGAUGCUAAUAGCGUCUGUGUUGCCCGAAGACAAGAUAAUGACAUGAUUAACGGUACAAAACUUUUGAAUGUCACUGGCAUGUCUCGCGGGAAACGUGAUGGAAUUUUAAAGAAUGAAAACGCUCGCGUUGUCGUCAAAGUGGGCCCAAUGCACCUGAAAGGUGUUUGGAUCACAUUUAACCGAGCAAAGGAACUAUCACAUCAAUUCAAGAUCUCAGACGUAUUGCAUCCACUGCUUCUAGAUGAUCCGAGUGUGUAUUUCCAGAAUAUGCAGAAUCAGGGUCUCCCUGUGCAAUUUGUCCCUCCUAAUCAAACAGAAAUUCCAAAGGAGCAAACACAUGAAUUUGAGAGCAAGUUUCUUAACAUGUACCUGAACCAACCCAUACCUGCUAUCGAAAAGAGCGAACCUUUUACUCAACAGCCUCAAGUCAAUCAUGGAGCUACUACUUUAGCUAACUCUACACCAAUGUCCAGUAUGACCUCUUGCUAUUUUAACGCUCCCAAUUCUGUCUAUCAUUCUAAAAGGACAAGCCCUAUUACGCAUCAUGUAUACCCUUCUUAUAACGACAGCAGCGGCAGUGCUAAUAACACCAACGCCAUGUCAUAUCCAGCGUCAAUCAAUCACUUUUUGACUCAGGAAAGUUAUGAUAAUCAUUGUCUAAUGGGCUUCUCAGGUUCUUCUACGUCUAUUGUACCACUUGCAACUCCAGAUUCUGGAAUUCCUGUAACGCAAACACAGAAGCACUAUGAAUUUCAAUCAGCUGUAACCCAAUUUCAACGAUACAAUGCUGAUGAGAUGUUACUUUCAGCAGCCACUGUGCCUCAGCAACAACAACAGCAGCAGCAGCAGCGCCAAUACUAUCGUCCUUCUCAUCCUGUACAACAACAACAGUUUAUUCCAUACAGCAUUCCCUUAGAGAGGGUAUCUUCCUCCUCGUUCCUAUAUACACCACCCUUAUCAGCUAAUAACUCGACUCCCCCAACCCCAACAGACCCUUCUGCCACGUUUCAAUUUGAGCUUAAUUCACAGCAUCGCCAACAAAAUGUGAGCCAGCUUACACAGAACAAUACUUUUGUUUCAAAUUCUUACCAGCAACACCAUCACCACUACCAGCAGCAGCAACAGAAGCAGCAACAGAAGCAACACCGCCACCAGCGGCGCCAACAAGGCAACGCCUUUAAUUUAUUCGAUUUAUAG